AUGAGCUCGAUUGUUGAACAGUUUUGUCGUUUUAAACCCCCAUCCUUUGACGGUAAAGGUGACUCUUUUGCGACUGAGGAGUGGCUAAGAAGACUUGAAGGGAUCUUCGAGCACAUGAACUGCAACGAUGCUCAAAAGGCUUCUUGUGCGAAGUUUAUGUUGACUGAUGAUGCUGGACAUUGGUGGGAGUCAGAAAUGCAUACUAGAACUAUAGAACAACAACGUAACCUCACUUGGAACCAGUUCAAGGAGUCGUUGAUGGGUAAAUAUUUUCCCCAGUCACUGAAGGAUCAAAAGGAGGUAGAAUUUCUCCCGCUAACGCAAGGAAAUUUGCCACUUGGGAAGUAUGAAAGAAAAUUUGAACAACUUUCUAGGUAUGCACCGCAUAUGGUAAACACUGAGCUGACAAAGGCUAAGAGGUUUGAAAUGGGGUUAAGGCCAGAGAUUAAGGGAAUCAUGGUAGCCCAGCAGUAUACUACUUAUGCGAAGAAAACCCAACCUAGCACCGAGUCUUCUAUAAAGAGAAAGUGGCAAGGUCAUGAUAAGGAGAAAGGCAGGAAUCAGAAUAAGAAAAGAAAGGUUGGGUUAGACUCAAAUAAAACUUUUCCUCAAUGCUCCAAUCGCAACAAGCGACACUUGGGUGAAUGUCUUCAGGGAAAGGGAGUAUGCUACAGUUGUGGUAAGAGUGGUCAUUUCCUUAGAGAAUGUCCAGAGAAGAAGAGAGAAUGUGAUCAGCUUAAGAAGGGAAAGGCCAGAGUAUUUGCUUUGACAGGAGAAAAGGAGGAUCAGAACAUAGACGUAAUAACAAGUAUGUUACCAAUAUCUAACGUACCUGCUAUUGUCCUUAUGGAUUCUGGAUCCACUCAUUCAUUUAUUUCUACAAUAUUCAUGGAUAAGAUUGCGAAUGAAUUCGUAAAAAUGAAUAACAUUUUAGAAGUUAGUACACCAUCAGGUGAAGUGAUUAAUACCAAUCAAAUGGUUAAAGAUGUUAAGUUAGAGAUCGAAGGAAAAGUAUUAUAG